AUGWACGGACACUCCGAGGCAUUGGCCUGGAAUGAUAAUGUGGGAGAGUCGAUUCCCGCUGAUACGCCACAUGCCGUGAGCGUCUCGUUACCCACAUGGAAAGCCAAUGUGGCGUAUGAAGAAGGCGAUCAAUCCGUCGUCGACAAGAUGCAAACGGGUUAUCCCAGGUUUUUCAUCCACAAAUCGAUCCAGAAACUGGCCCAAGAUAUCCUCAGCCACCAUGGCCACCCUCAAACGGAACAGGCCAUGCUCUUCCCCACCCCACAGUGUGCCACCAGAUGUCGAGACUUCCUCCUCCGCCAAAAUCGAGCAGUCGAUCCUUCCUUGGUCCGUCAACUCGACUUUAUCCCUCAUCCCGAGCAAGCCGCCACUGCAGACCCCACCAAGGUUCUCCCCCACAUCUCCGCCGUCAUCUUCCCCGCCGUCCUCUGGCCCACCGCCAAGUCCUUCUGGCAGCACACAGGAGAGGGCGUUCAAUCCCGCCGCGCCGAGUUCUGCCAAAAGGCAUUCGACGACCACUUUCUGGUGGUGGAAAAGUCGUCGGCUCCAAUCCGUGUGACCAAGGGACCAAAACGCUAUCAACGACAAACAUCAACCGACCUGACGGGAGCAACAACCAAACAUACAAAUGGCGACCAUUCUCACGACCUCACAAUCGACACGGCUUCCGACUUUGUGGAAGCCCGCUUUGGCCGCAAUCUCGACCUCUCCUUCUCCCGCUCCGCCAAGCUCGCCAUCCGCAAACGCAUCGCCGGAUCUCUCACCACCCACAUCGACCACCCGACCGCAACUCCCUCCCCCAUGCUUCGCUCCGAAGGUCUUCCGUCCUUCUCUCUCAGUGACAUCUACCUCUACCCCUGUGGAAUGAAUGCCAUCUUUCACUCCCAUCAAAUCUUAAUGGCCGCCCGCGGAGCAUCCACCAGCAUCAUGUACGGAUUCCCCUACGUCGACACCCUCAAAGUCCUGGAGAAAUUCGGGCCCGGAGCCCUCUUCUACGGCUUCGGAAACACAGACGACAUUAACGCUCUCGAAAAACGGCUCCAAAGAGGAGAGAGAUUCAUGGCCCUCUACCUCGAAUUCCCCGGAAACCCCCUCCUUCGCACGCCCGACCUCCACCGUCUCCGCCAUCUCGCAGACACCUACUCCUUCGCAAUUGUAGUCGACGAAACCAUCGGCAACUUCCUCAACGUCCACCUCCUCCCUCUCGCAGACAUCAUCGUCUCCUCCCUCACCAAAGUCUUCUCCGGCGACUCCAACGUCAUGGGCGGCGCUCUCAUCCUCAAUCCACGAGGAGCAUUCUACCAGAAACUAAAAGACAUCCUCGAAGAAACCUACCAAGACAACGUCUUCGAAGAAGACGCCAUGUACCUCGAGCGCAACUCCCGCGACUUCGUCUCGCGCAUCGCACGCAUCAAUUCCAACGCCAGCAUGCUCGCCCACCUCCUCUCCACCUCGCCCAAAAUCCACAAAGUCCACUACCCGGAACUCUCCGAUACCAAACCCUUCUACGACGCCUGCAAACUCCCCUCGGGCGGCUACGGCGGCCUCGUCUCCGCCAUCUUCCACUCGGUCGGCGACGCGGAGAUUUUCUUCGAUUAUUUGGAAGCUGCUAAAGGACCGAGUCUCGGCACGAAUUUCACUCUUGCGUGWCCGUUUGUUUUGCUGGCGCAUUUUGCUGAGCAGGAGUGGGCGRGAGGGUUUGGGUGUCCCGUGGAGUUGGUGCGGUUUAGUGUGGGAUUGGAGGAUCCCGAGACGUUGAGGGGGAUUUUUCAGAGGGCUUUGGAUGCUGUUCCGGAGAGGAGGGAGUUGAGUGGGUUGGAGAAGAAUGGGGAGYGAGAGAUUGAGGGAGCGUGGGGUUGA